CUGCUGCCAAGCCCAGGGAGCAGCAGCCGCAGCAGAGCUCAUCAGACACCAUGGAAGGGAUGAUCCCGGUGGUGCACGGCUGGGCUAGCUGCUGAAAGCGCCUCCAACCCUCCUCCCUCUCUCUCCCCCUUUGCUUCUCCUCCUCCCUAACUCACUGGAUAUUAGCAGCAGCUGGGCUCGCCUCUUCUUCCCCCAGCCAUGAAUCCCGCAGAAGGGGCAGCGGAGGAAGGUGCUGUUCCCGAUUCCGAGGUGGAUGCUUUUUUCCGAACAGGGUCUUUUCGAAAUGAUGGCUUAAAAGCUGCUGAUGUCCUUCCAAUACUAAAGGAGAAAGUGGCCUUUGUGUCAGGUGGCCGUGAUAAACGAGGUGGUCCUAUCCUGACCUUUCCAGCACGCAGCAAUCAUGAUAGAAUAAGGCAGGAAGACCUUCGGAAACUUGUGACUUAUUUGGCCAGUGUGCCAAGUGAAGAUGUCUGUAAACGAGGAUUCACUGUUAUUAUUGAUAUGCGGGGAUCGAAGUGGGACUUGAUCAAGCCUCUUCUGAAGACCCUUCAGGAAGCAUUCCCUGCUGAGAUCCACGUUGCCCUGAUUAUCAAACCUGACAAUUUCUGGCAGAAGCAGAAAACUAAUUUUGGCAGUUCCAAAUUCAUCUUUGAGACAAGUAUGGUCUCCGUUGAAGGCCUAGCAAAACUUGUGGAUCCUUCCCAGCUGACUGAUGAGUUUGAAGGCUCCUUGGAUUAUAACCAUGAUGAAUGGAUAGAGCUGCGGGUUUCCUUGGAAGAGUUUUUCAACAGUGCCAUCCAUUUAUUAUCAAGGCUAGAGGACCUCCAGGAAAUGUUAGCUAGGAAAGAAUUUCCGGUUGAUGUAGAAGGGUCAAGAAGGCUGAUUGAUGAGCACACACAGCUUAAGAAGAAAGUGAUCAAAGCUCCUGUGGAGGAACUGGACCGUGAGGGCCAAAGGUUGUUACAGUGUAUAAGGUGCAGCGAUGGUUUUUCUGGUAGGAAUUGCAUUCCCGGGAGUGCAGACUUCCAAAGUCUUGUGCCAAAGAUCACCAGUCUCUUGGACAAGCUGCAUUCAACCCGACAGCAUUUGCAUCAGAUGUGGCAUGUUCGCAAACUGAAAUUGGACCAGUGCUUUCAACUCCGACUCUUUGAGCAAGACGCUGAGAAGAUGUUCGACUGGAUCAGCCACAACAAAGAGUUGUUCCUGCAGAGUCAUACAGAGAUUGGAGUGAGCUACCAACAUGCCCUCGACUUACAGACACAGCAUAAUCACUUUGCCAUGAAUUCCAUGAAUGCCUAUGUCAACAUCAAUCGGAUCAUGUCAGUUGCAUCCAGGCUUUCCGAGGCAGGCCAUUAUGCUUCCCAGCAAAUUAAACAAAUCUCUACCCAGCUGGAUCAAGAAUGGAAGAGCUUUGCUGCAGCUCUGGAUGAGCGUAGUACCAUCCUAGCCAUGUCAGCUGUAUUUCACCAGAAGGCUGAGCAGUUUCUUUCAGGUGUGGAUGCCUGGUGUAAAAUGUGCAGUGAAGGGGGCCUCCCAUCAGAAAUGCAGGACUUGGAGCUGGCCAUCCAUCAUCAUCAGUCUUUGUAUGAACAGGUGACCCAGGCCUACACAGAGGUGAGCCAGGAUGGGAAGGCUUUGCUGGAUGUUCUGCAGCGGCCCUUGAGCCCUGGAAACUCUGAAUCCCUCACUGCUACUGCUAAUUAUUCCAAGGCUGUCCACCAGGUCUUGGAUGUUGUACAUGAAGUCUUGCAUCAUCAGCGGCGCCUAGAGAGCAUCUGGCAACACAGAAAAGUCCGAUUACAUCAAAGGCUGCAACUCUGUGCUUUGGGAAGACAGUAUCAAAUUAAACUAAAAGCAAACAUUUAUGCUCUCUCAGAUGAUCAUGUUAUAUGUAAACCAUAUAAACAGGUAUUGGAUUGGAUUGAAAACCAUGGGGAAGCCUUUCUUAGUAAACACACUGGAGUGGGAAAGUCUCUGCACAGAGCACGAGCUCUUCAGAAAAGACAUGAUGAUUUUGAAGAAGUAGCACAGAAUACAUACACAAAUGCAGACAAGCUUUUAGAGGCUGCAGAGCAGUUGGCUCAGACUGGGGAAUGUGACCCUGAAGAGAUCUACAAAGCAGCCCGGCAUCUGGAAGUGCGGAUUCAGGACUUUGUGCGGAGAGUGGAACAGAGGAAACUUCUCUUGGAUAUGUCUGUCUCCUUCCACACUCAUACCAAAGAGCUGUGGACAUGGAUGGAAGAUCUGCAGAAGGAGCUCUUAGAGGAUGUCUGUGCUGACUCGGUGGAUGCGGUUCAGGAGCUUAUCAAGCAGUUUCAGCAGCAGCAAACAGCCACCCUGGAUGCUACCCUCAAUGUAAUUAAAGAAGGCGAAGAUCUAAUCCAACAGCUCAGGGACUCAGCGGUAUCCAACAAUAAGACUCCACACAAUAGCUCCAUCAGCCACAUUGAAUCUGUCCUUCAGCAGCUUGACGAGGCCCAGGUACAGAUGGAAGAGCUCUUCCAUGAGCGGAAAAUUAAGCUAGACAUCUUCCUUCAGCUCCGGAUUUUUGAACAGUACACCAUUGAGGUAACAGCAGAAUUAGAUGCCUGGAAUGAAGAUUUGCUGAGACAGAUGAAUGAUUUCAAUACUGAGGACCUCACUCUGGCUGAGCAGCGCUUGCAGCGCCACACCGAACGGAAACUGGCUAUGAACAACAUGACCUUUGAGGUUAUUCAGCAAGGACAAGAUUUACACCAGUACAUCAUGGAAGUCCAGGCUUCAGGCAUUGAACUAAUCUGCGAAAAAGACAUUGAUCUUGCGACACAAGUGCAAGAGCUGCUGGAGUUCCUUCAUGAGAAACAGCAUGAGCUAGAGCUUAACGCCGAUCAGACUCACAAACGGCUAGAGCAGUGCCUACAGCUCCGGCACCUACAGGCUGAGGUCAAGCAGGUGCUCGGCUGGAUUCGGAAUGGGGAGUCAAUGCUCAAUGCCAGUCUAGUCAACGCAAGCUCUCUUUCAGAAGCUGAGCAACUCCAGCGAGAGCAUGAGCAAUUCCAGCUGGCCAUAGAGUCCCUCUUUCAUGCCACUUCCUUACAGAAGACACACCAGAGUGCUCUUCAGGUACAGCAGAAGGCUGAAGUGUUGCUACAGGCUGGGCACUAUGAUGCGGACGCAAUUAGGGAGUGUGCUGAAAAGGUGGCAUUGCACUGGCAACAGCUGAUGUUGAAGAUGGAGGACAGGCUCAAGCUGGUUAAUGCAUCAGUUGCUUUCUAUAAAACUUCUGAGCAGGUGUGCAGUGUGCUGGAGAGUCUGGAACAGGAGUACAGAAGGGACGAAGAUUGGUGCGGAGGUCGGGAUAAGCUUGGACCAGCAGCUGAGAUAGACCACGUCAUCCCCCUUAUAAGCAAACAUCUGGAACAAAAGGAGGCUUUUCUCAAGGCCUGCACAUUAGCACGAAGGAACGCUGAAGUUUUCCUCAAGUACAUUCACAGGAACAAUGUCAGCAUGCCUGGAGUAGCAAGCCAUACCAGGGGGCCUGAGCAGCAAGUGAAAGCCAUUCUGAGUGAGCUGCUGCAGAGAGAGAACCGGGUUCUUCACUUCUGGACUUUAAAGAAACGGAGAUUAGAUCAGUGCCAACAAUACGUGGUCUUUGAGCGCAGUGCCAAACAGGCCUUAGACUGGAUCCAAGAAACAGGUGAAUAUUACCUCUCUACUCACACCUCCACAGGGGAAUCAGCAGAAGAAACUCAGGAACUCCUGAAAGAAUAUGGAGAAUUCAGAGUACCCGCCAAGCAAACCAAGGAGAAGGUGAAACUGCUCAUACAGCUGGCUGACAGCUUUGUAGAAAAAGGACAUAUACAUGCCACUGAAAUCAGGAAAUGGGUCACCACUGUUGACAAACGCUAUCGAGACUUCUCUCUGAGGAUGGGGAAAUACCGCUACUCACUGGAAAAAGCCCUUGGAAUCAAUACAGAGGAUAACAAGGAUCUGGAACUGGACAUCAUUCCAGCGAGUCUUUCAGACCGGGAGGUGAAGCUGCGAGAUGCAAAUCAUGAGGUUAAUGAAGAAAAAAGGAAAUCAGCCAGAAAGAAAGAAUUCAUUAUGGCUGAACUGCUUCAGACUGAAAAAGCUUAUGUCAGGGACUUGCAUGAAUGUUUAGAGACCUACCUUUGGGAAAUGACAAGUGGAGUGGAGGAGAUACCCCCGGGGAUUCUUAAUAAAGAACAUAUCAUCUUUGGCAACAUUCAGGAGAUUUAUGACUUUCAUAACAACAUUUUCCUGAAAGAACUAGAGAAGUACGAACAACUGCCUGAAGAUGUGGGUCACUGCUUUGUCACUUGGGCAGAUAAAUUUCAGAUAUAUGUCACCUACUGCAAAAACAAGCCUGAUUCCAGCCAGCUCAUCCUGGAGCAUGCAGGGACUUUUUUUGAUGAAAUUCAACAAAGGCAUGGCCUGGCCAACUCUAUCUCCUCCUAUUUAAUCAAGCCUGUCCAGAGGAUCACCAAAUACCAGCUUUUACUGAAGGAACUGUUAACCUGUUGUGAAGAAGGCAAAGGAGAACUCAAAGAUGGCCUAGAAGUGAUGCUUAGUGUCCCCAAGAAAGCCAAUGAUGCCAUGCAUGUCAGCAUGUUGGAAGGCUUUGAUGAAAACCUGGAUGUUCAGGGAGAACUCAUCCUUCAGGAUUCCUUCCAAGUGUGGGAUCCCAAGUCUCUCAUUCGGAAAGGCCGCGAGAGACACUUGUUUCUCUUUGAAAUCUCUUUGGUUUUUAGCAAAGAGAUUAAAGAUUCUUCAGGACACACUAAAUAUGUUUACAAGAACAAACUACUGACCUCAGAACUGGGAGUAACAGAGCACGUUGAAGGAGAUCCCUGUAAGUUCGCCUUGUGGUCUGGACGGACACCAUCCUCAGACAACAAAACAGUGCUGAAAGCCUCCAGUAUUGAAACGAAACAGGAAUGGAUCAAAAAUAUCCGGGAAGUCAUUCAGGAGAGGAUUAUCCAUUUGAAAGGAGCUUUGAAGGAGCCAAUCCAGCUCCCCAAGACACCAGCAAAACAGAGAAAUAACAGUAAAAGAGAUGGAGUAGAUGAUGCAGACAGCCAAGGAGAUGGGAGCAGUCAGCCUGAUACCAUUUCCAUUGCAUCCAGGACUUCACAGAACACAGUGGACAGUGACAAGUUGUCUGGAGGGUGUGAACUCACUGUGGUGCUACAAGACUUCACAGCCAGCCAUAGCAGCGAGCUAAGCAUCCAGGUGGGACAGACAGUGGAGUUACUGGAGAGGCCCAGUGAAAGGCCUGGCUGGUGUUUGGUACGGACGACUGAGCGGAGCCCCCCUCAGGAAGGCCUUGUUCCCAGCAGUACUCUCUGCAUCUCCCAUUCCCGGAGCAGUGUGGAGAUGGACUGCUUCUUCCCUUCAGGAAAAGAUGCAUAUUCCGUCUCCUCCAAUGAAAAUGGAGGCAAGUCGGAAUCAGUGGCCAACUUGCAGCCUCAGUCGUCCCUCAACUCAAUCCAGAGCUCUCCUGGCCCAAAGCGUUCAACCAACACCCUGAAAAAAUGGCUAACAAGCCCUGUGCGUCGGCUGAAUAGUGGGAAAACAGAGAGUAACAUCAAAAAACAGAAGAAAGUGCGAGAUGGCAGGAAGAGCUUUGACUUGGGCUCACCGAAACCUGGAGAUGAGACCACUCCCCAGGGGGACAGUGCAGAUGAGAAGAGCAAGAAGGGUUGGGGAGAAGAUGAGCCAGAUGAAGAAUCCCACACACCACUUCCUCCUCCUAUGAAGAUUUUUGACAACGACCCUGCACAAGAUGAAAUGUCCUCUUUGCUAGCUGCUCGUCAAAGCUCCGCUGAUGUCCCGACUGCUGCAGAUCUUGUCAGUGCAAUAGAAAAGUUGGUCAAAAGUAAGCUGACCCUAGAAGGAGGAACUUAUCGAGGAAGCUUAAAAGAUGGCACUGGGUGUCUAAAUGAAGGGAUGACACCUUCAACUCCACCAAGAAACCUUGAAGAGGAACAAAAAGCCAAAGCAAUGAGAGGGAGAAUGUUUGUCUUAAAUGAGCUGGUACAGACUGAAAAGGACUAUGUCAAAGACUUGGGAAUCGUGGUAGAGGGCUUCAUGAAGAGAAUAGAAGAAAGGGGGGUUCCUGAAGAUCUGAAAGGGAAAGACAAGAUUGUAUUUGGCAAUAUCCACCAGAUUUAUGACUGGCACAAGGAUUUUUUCCUGGCUGAACUAGAAAAAUGUCUCCAGGAGCAUGACCGUUUAGCACAGCUUUUUAUCAAACAUGAGAGGAGGUUACACAUGUAUGUGGUGUACUGCCAAAACAAACCACGAUCUGAAUAUGUAGUAGCUGAAUACGAUGCAUACUUUGAGGAAGUACAACAAGAAAUAAACCAACGGUUAACCCUCAGUGACUUUUUAAUCAAACCUAUUCAAAGAAUAACCAAGUACCAGCUUCUGCUUAAGGACUUCCUGAGAUACAGUGAGAAAGCUGGGCUGGAAUGUUCUGAUACAGAGAAAGCAGUUGAAUUAAUGUGCCUUGUACCAAAACGUUGCAAUGAUAUGAUGAACCUGGGGCGUCUUCAGGGCUUUGAGGGCAAGCUGACUGCUCAAGGAAAGCUGUUACAACAGGAUACAUUCUAUGUAACUGAACAGGAUUCUGGAGGACUGUCUCGGCCAAAGGAGCGCAGGGUCUUCCUCUUUGAGCAAAUUGUAAUCUUCAGUGAACUUCUUAGGAAAGGCUCCUUAACACCAGGCUACAUGUUUAAGAGAAGCAUAAAGAUGAACUACCUAAUAAUUGAAGAAAUAGUGGAUGAUGAUCCCUGUAAAUUUGCUCUGAUGAACCGGGAAACUUCGGAACGAGUCAUUUUACAGGCUGCUAAUCCUGAAAUUCAGCAAGCUUGGGUACAGGACAUCAAUCAGGUCCUGGACACACAGAGAGACUUCCUAAAUGCACUACAGUCGCCCAUAGAGUAUCAGCGCAAAGAAAGUACCUCAGCAGUAAUGAGGCCACAAGCUAGUAGGGUGUCUCAGCCCAACAGCAGACCCUAUUCUUCUGUUCCAGUAGGGUCUGAGAAGCCUUCAAAGGCUACAAGCCGUAACCCAUCUCUGCCACCCCUGAAGAUAUCUACCUCCAAUGGCAGUGCAGGGUAUGAACACCACCAGCCUGGGGACACAUAUGAACAAAGCCAGAGUGACUUGGCAGGGUGCAAUGGGACCUCUUCCAUGGUGGUAAUCAAAGAUUACUAUGCACUGAAAGAGAAUGAGAUCUGUGUGAAUCAGGGCGAGGUGGUUCAGAUCCUUGCCAUCAACCAGCAAAACAUGUUCCUGGUAUACCAGCCUGCAAACGACCACUCCCCAGCUGCUGAAGGAUGGAUUCCAGGCAAUAUCUUGGCUCCCCUCACUAAAUCCACUUCAGAUAAUAGCGACGGAAGCAUCAAGAAGUCAUGUUCAUGGCAUACCCUGCGCAUGAGAAAGCGGGCGGAAAAGGAGAGCAGUGGCAAAAAUGAAGCCAAUGGGCCACGUAAAUCCAAGGAUAUUCUGGGCACCAAAGUCUCUGUUAAAGAGACAAACAGCUCCGAGGAAUCGGAAUGUGAUGACCUUGACCCCAAUACAAGCAUGGAGAUAAUGAACCCAAAUUUUAUCCAAGAAGUUGCUCCAGAGUUUCUUGUGCCAUUGGUGGAUAUCACCUGUUUGCUUGGGGACACAGUGAUGCUGCAGUGCAAAGUCUGUGGCCGGCCAAAGCCCAGCAUAACCUGGAAGGGGCCGGAUCAAAAUAUUCUCGACAAUGACAACAGCACAGCCACUUACACAGUUUCAUCCUGCGAUUCUGGGGAAAUCACCCUGAAGAUCUGCAACCUGAUGCCUCAGGAUAGUGGUAUUUACACUUGCGUGGCAACGAACGAACAUGGAACAGCUUCAACUUCAGCUACAGUCAAAGUGCAAGGUGUUCCAGCAGCCCCAAAUCGUCCCAUCGCUCAGGAAAGAAGCAGCACCUCAGUGAUCCUUCGCUGGCUGCCCCCAUCCAGUACAGGCAAUUGCACCAUUUCGGGCUACACCGUAGAGUACAGAGAAGAAGGAUCCCAGGUUUGGCAGCAGUCAGUGGCCUCCACUUUGGAUACCUAUCUCGUCAUUGAAGAUCUCGUUCCAGGCUGUCGGUAUCAGUUCAGAGUCAGCGCCAGCAAUCCCUGGGGAAUUAGCUUACCUAGUGAGGCCUCAGAGUUUGUGAGCCUCCCUGAGUCUGAUACUGCUGCUGAUGGUGCCACUGUUUCAUGGAAAGAAAACUUUGACUUUGUUUAUAUGGAAUUUCAUGAGAUUGGGAGGGGGCGAUUCUCCAUAGUAAAGAAAUGUAUUCACAAAGCCACCAGGAAGGACGUUGCCGUGAAAUUCAUUAGUAAAAAAAUGAAAAAGAGAGAGCAGGCAGCACAUGAAGCAGCUUUGUUACAGCACUUGCAACAUCCUCAGUAUAUAACUAUCCAUGAUACCUAUGAGUCGCCCACAUCUUAUAUCUUAGUUUUAGAGCUUAUGGAUGACGGCCAGCUCUUCGAUUAUCUUAUGAAUCAUGAUGAACUGAUGGAGGAAAAAGUAGCUUUCUACAUAAGAGACACAAUGGAAGCCUUACAAUAUCUUCAUAAUUGCAGAGUGGCACAUUUAGAUAUAAAGCCAGAAAAUCUGCUAAUUGAUUUAAGGAUCCCAGUGCCUCGUGUCAAGCUUAUAGACUUAGAAGAUGCAGUCCAGAUCACGGGACAUUAUUAUGUUCAUCAGCUGCUUGGAAACCCUGAAUUUGCAGCUCCUGAAGUUAUCCAAGGUGCCCCUGUCUCACUGGGCACAGACAUCUGGAGCAUUGGGGUCCUUACCUAUGUCAUGUUAAGUGGUGUCUCUCCGUUCCUCGAUGAAAGCAAAGAGGAGACCUGUAUAAAUGUGUGCCGAGUGGAUUUCAGCUUCCCUCAUGAGUAUUUCUGUGAUGUGAGUCAUGCAGCCAGAGACUUCAUCAAUGUUAUACUUCAAGAAGACUUCAGGAGGAGGCCGACAGCAGCCACUUGUUUACAGCAUCCUUGGCUGCAGCCUCACAAUGGCAGCUAUUCCAAAAUCCCGCUGGAUACCUCCCGUCUGGCUUGCUUCAUUGAGCGCCGCAGACACCAGUAUGAUGUGCACCCAGUUCCCAACGUCAAGAGCUUCAUAAUGAACAGGAUGAACCCGGGAACAUGAUGCCACAUAACCAUGUGACAUGAUACUGCUGGGCCGGAGGCCAGGCAAACAGUAUGAACAGACACAAGGUGGAAUCUGACUGUAUAUAAUUCAGUAUUAAGUAUUACAUCCAUUUCAUAUGGUUUCCCAAACUGAGGGAUGUAACUCAUGCUAGUGGUUGUGGCAUCUGUCCAGUUACUCAGAACCAAAGUUAUGUAAGUGCUGAUCAGUGGGUGUGCAUACCCUCUUGACAAGGCUGUUCUUGGAAAGCAAGGAAUCUCCUGGUUAGAGUGAUGUUCGUAUUACAAAGAUGGUGUUCAACAUGGGAACCAAAAUACUGAUGCCUUAGUUUUUUGAAAGGCAGCCUUAUAAGAGAGCCUCACGGUCGAACCAGCCUCAUUUGGAAGAGAAUAGCGAUUUGGAAGAGGAAAAUUAGGUUGACCCAAGGCUGUCAGCAUUUACUGCCAAACUGUGUUGGAUUCAGGUUUUGCUGAAAUCAUUGCUAGCCAAGUGCCAGAUAUAGGUAGGACUUUGCAAGCCCGUAAGACACAUGAUUCCUGUUGACAUCAGUGGGGACUAUGGAGGGCAUGCAGGAUCAAGUCCUAUUCACAGUAAUACUAGCUUUUGUGGUUAACGGACUGAAAUAGAAUGUGCUUUCAGAAAUGCUCUCAUUACAUGGUAUUGCUCAAGCAUACCUCUUCAGAUAAGAAUACCAGUGGGAUUCCAGAGCCUUUUUUACUGUAUCAAAUCAACAUACAGUAACUUUCAGAGCUAUGGUUAAGGGGGUAAAAUCACUGUGGCAGAAAGCUGUUUUGACUAAGCACAAUGAAACCUUGAUGGCUUUUUAAAAUGUUUUAUAAACAUUGUACAGAAAUCUUUUCCAAAACCUGUGCACUGAGAAAAGACUGUCUGAUUUUUUCAGUACCUGUAAAUUAGAUGAUUUUUUUCUAUCAGGUUGUUCAAUUUACAUAUGUGUGUGUAUAUAGAAAAAGGAUCCUGUUCCAUUUCAAGCUCUGAAGUUGCUCGGUCCAAAGUUCAUCAAAAGCUGGUCAAAGUGCAGUGAGAGUAGUGGGUUUAUCUUUGUGCUUAUAGCUUCAGAUGGUUUUCAGUAUUUAAAAUUGGAUGCUCCACUUCUCAGUUCUUAAACUUUUCUCCAGGCACUUUAAGGCCUCCAUUACCAAGGCAUCCAAGAGGCUAUUUUUAUGUCUUAGGCCAAGUUUGAAAUAACAAAAUAUUCACAAUUAAAAUAUUUCUCUUAUAAACCAAGAUGUAACAUUGCCAUAUGGCUGUUAUGGUAGCAGGCCUAGCCUUAAAUAUAAGGACUAUAGGAAGUCUCAUGAAGGCCUAGCAAUUCAUGGGCUGGCCAGAUCUUCUCCUAUUUAGC